AUGAAAGCUCCGUAUUUAUACAGACCAACUUCAAAGGGAGAGAACUCCACCCACUCUGAGGAGGAGGCGCACAGUCAGAAGGAGGCGCACAGUCAGAAGGAGGUGCACAGUCAGAAGGAGGCGCAGUCAGGUGGAAUAGUGAGGAGGAGACGCACAGUGAGGAGGAGGCAGACAGUGAGGAGGAGACGCACAGUGAGGAGGAGGCAGACAGUGAGGAGGAGACGCACAGUGAGGAGGAGGCAGACAGUGAGGAGGAGACGCACAGUGAGGAGGAGGCAGACAGUGAGGAGGAGACGCACAGAGGAGACGCACAGUCAGGAGGAGGCAGACAGUGAGGAGGAGGCAGACAGUGAGGAGGAGACGCACAGUGAGGAGGAGGCAGACAGUGAGGAGGAGACGCACAGUGAGGAGGAGGCAGACAGUGAGGAGGAGACGCACAGUGAGGAGGAGGCAGACAGUGAGGAGGAGACGCACAGUGAGGAGGAGGCAGACAGUGAGGAGGAGACGCACAGUGAGGAGGAGACGCACAGUGAGGAGGAGACGCACAGUCAGGAGGAGACGCACAGUCAGGAGGAGGCAGACAGUGAGGAGGAGGCAGACAGUGAGGAGGAGACGCACAGUGAGGAGGAGGCAGACAGUGAGGAGGAGACGCACAGUGAGGAGGAGGCAGACAGUGAGGAGGAGACGCACAGUGAGGAGGAGGCAGACAGUGAGGAGGAGACGCACAGUGAGGAGAGGAGACGCACAGUGAGGAGGAGGCAGACAGUGAGGAGGAGACGCACAGUGAGGAGGAGACGCACAGUGAGGAGGAGGCAGACAGUGAGGAGGAGGCAGACAGUGAGGAGGAGGAGACGCACAGGGAGGAGGAGGCAGACAGUGAGGAGGAGGCAGACAGUGAGGAGGAGACGCACAGUGAGGAGGAGACGCACAGUGAGGAGGAGGCAGACAGUGAGGAGGAGACGCACAGUGAGGAGGAGGACAGACAGUGAGGAGGAGACGCACAGUGAGGAGGAGACGCACAGUGAGGAGGAGGCAGACAGUGAGGAGGAGACGCACAGUGAGGAGGAGACGCACAGUGAGGAGGAGGCAGACAGUGAGGAGGAGGCAGACAGUGAGGAGGAGGAGUACGCACAUGAGGAGGAGACGCACAGUGAGGAGGAGACGCACAGUGAGGAGGAGACGCACAGUGAGGAGGAGACGCACAGUGAGGAGGAGACGCACAGUCAGGAGGAGACGCACUGUGAGGAGGAGACGCACAGUGAGGAGGAGGCAGACAGUGAGGAGGAGACGCACAGUGAGGAGGAGACAGACAGUGAGGAGGAGACGCACAGUGAGGAGGAGACGCACAGUGAGGAGGAGGCAGACAGUGAGGAGGAGACGCACAGUGAGGAGGAGACGCACAGUGAGGAGGAGACGCACAGUGAGGAGGAGACAGACAGUGAGGAGGAGACGCACAGUGAGGAGGAGACGCACAGUGAGGAGGAGGCAGACAGUGAGGAGGAGACGCACAGUGAGGAGGAGACGCACAGUGAGGAGGAGACAGACAGUGAGGAGGAGGCAGACAGUGAGGAGGAGACACACAGUGAGGAGCAGGCAGACAGUGAGGAGGAGGCAGACAGUGAGGAGGAGACGCACAGUGAGGAGGAGACAGACAGUGAGGAGGAGACGCACAGUGAGGAGGAGGCAGACAGUGAGGAGGAGGCAGACAGUGAGGAGGAGACAGACAGUGAGGAGGAGUUGCACAGUGAGGAGGAGGCGCACAGUGAGGAGUAG